UCCUGCCCUGGGAGGAGGUUCAAUGCACUGAAAGAAAGGACGGCAGAUCCUACGCAACCAGAACAGAGGUGCCUGGGAGUGUUCCUGGGCCCAGGCUCUUCUCACAGAGGGAGGGACAGAACCGACAGCAGACACCAUGGAGUCCCCCUCAGCCCCUGCUCACAGACGGUGCGUCCCCUGGCAGGGGCUCCUGCUGGCCGCCUCACUCCUAACCUUCUGGAGCCUGCCCUCCACUGCCCAGCUCACUAUGGAAUCAGUGCCGCCCAAUGCUGCCGAAGGGAAGGAAGUGCUUCUCCGUGUGGACAAUCUGCCUGGGUUUCUUGGAGGCUAUGUCUGGUUCAAAGGGCAAAGUGUGGACAGCAACCACCAAAUUGCAUCAUAUGUAAUAGAUGCUCAAGAAAUACACCCAGGACCUGCAUACAGCCAACGAGAGACAAUAUACCCCAAUGGAUCCCUGCUGUUGAAGAAGGCGACCCUAAAGGACACAGGAUACUACACUCUACUAGCCAUAAAAGGAAAUUUUCAAGGUGAAAUAGUAACUGGACAGCUCCGUAUAUACCAGUCAGUGAGGAAGCCCGCCGUCCGAGCCAGCAAUGCCACCGUCACAGAGAAUAAGGACGCCGUGGUCCUGACCUGCCUCACAAAUGACACGGAUAUCUCCAUCCGUUGGCUCUUCAAGAACCAGAUUCUACCUCACAAGGACAGGAUGAAGCUUUCCCGGGACAACAGCACCCUCACCAUUGACCCCGUCAGGAGGGAGGACGCUGGGGGUUAUCAGUGUGAGGUCUUCAACCCCGUCAGUUCCAGCAAAAGUGACCCCUUCAAGCUGAAUGUACAAUAUGAUCCAACACUACCAAGUCCUGGCCUCUCAGAUGGGGCUAUUGCUGGCAUCGUGAUUGGCAUCCUGGCUGGCGUAGCUCUGAUAGCAGCCCUGGUGUGCUUCCUGUAUAUCAGAAAGACUAGAGGAUCUAAGAAGUUACAUAUUCUUUGCUGAACUUCAGUGGCCAAGAAUCAAAGAAACCAACGUCAGCCUCCCCAUCCCCAACAGCCACAGAACCAGUUUAUUCAGAAGUAAAAAAGAAGUAAUGCAACCAGCCCUGCUCACCACACUGCUGACUGAUUCCAAGUCUCAUCUCCAUCACUAGGAGACUCCUUUGUCCUCAGG